GAGGGCUCUGGGAAGGGGUCGAGCCACCAUUUGAUCGCAGGCUGCUUCGUGUUACCGAUUCCGCAGGCACCAUGAGCCAGGACACCGAGGUGGAUAUGAAGGAAGUGGAGCUGAAUGAACUAGAACCCGAGAAGCAGCCGAUGAACGCGGCGUCUGGGGCGGCCACGGCGAUGGCGGUGGCAGGCGGCGCGGAAAAAAACGGUCUGGUGAAAAUCAAGGUGGCUGAAGACGACGCGGAGGCGGCAGCCGCGGCCAAGUUCACCGGUCUGUCUAAGGAGGAGCUGCUGAAGGUGGCGGGCAGCCCGGGAUGGGUGCGCACCCGCUGGGCUCUGCUGCUGCUCUUCUGGCUUGGCUGGCUCGGCAUGCUGGCGGGCGCCGUGGUCAUUAUUGUGCAGGCGCCACGCUGUCGCGAGCUUCCAGUGCAGCAGUGGUGGCACAUGGGCGCCCUCUACCGCAUCGGCGACCUUCAGGCCUUCCAGGCUAGCGAGUCUGGCAACCUAGCGGGUCUGAAGGGGCAUCUCGAUUACCUGAGCACUCUGAAGGUGAAAGGCUUUGUCCUGGGCCCAAUUCACAAGAACCAGAAGGAUGAUGUCGCUGGGACUGACUUGCUACAGAUCGACCCCAGUCUUGGCUCCAAGGAAGAUUUUGACAGUCUCUUACAAUCAGCCAAGAAAAAGAGCAUUCAUGUCAUUCUGGACCUCACUCCCAACUACAGGGGCAAGAACUUGUGGUUUUCCACUCAGGUUGACACGGUGGCUACCAAGAUGAAGGAUGCUCUGGAGUUUUGGCUGAAAGCUGGUGUGGAUGGGUUCCAGGUUCGGGAUGUGGAGAAUCUUACAAAUGCGUCCUCAUUCUUGUCUGAGUGGCAGAACAUCACCAAGAGCUUCGGCGAAGAUAGGCUGUUGAUUGCAGGAACUGACUACUCUGACCUUCAGCAGAUUUCGAGCCUACUCAAAUCUACCAAAGACCUGCUCUUGACCAGCUCAUACCUGUCAAAGUCCAAUUUCACUGGGGAGCAUGUAAAAGUCCUAGUCACCAAGUAUUUGCAUGCCACUGACAGUCACUGGUGCAGCUGGAGUUUGUCACAGGCAGGGCUCAUGACUUCCUUCUUGCCGACUCAACUCCUCCAACUCUACCAGCUGCUGUUCUUCACUCUGCCGGGGACCCCCAUUUUCAGCUAUGGGGAUGAGAUUGGCCUACAGGCUGCCCGUCUUGGACAGCCUAUGGAGGCCCCAGUCAUGCUGUGGGAUGAGUCCAGCCUCCCUAACAUACCAGGGUCUGUACACAUCAAUAGCACUGUGAAGGGACAGAGUGAAGACCCUGGCUCCCUCCUUUCCCUCUUCCGGCGGCUGAGUGAUCAGCGGAGUAAGGAGCGCUCCCUGCUGCAUGGGGACUUUAAUAUCCUCUCCACUGAGCCUGAACUUUUCUCCUACAUCCGCUCCUGGGACCAGAAUGAGCGUUUCCUGGUAGUGCUCAAUUUUGGGAAUGUGAGCCUCCCAGCCAGGCUGGGAACCUCCAACCCACCUGGCAGCAUCAGCCUGCCAGCCAGGGCUAACCUCCUGCUCAGCACCUGGCGAGGCCGUGAGGAGACUGCCUCCAUUGAGCUGGAGCACCUGAACUUGGAGCCUCACGAAGGGCUGCUGCUCCACUUCCCAUACGUUGCCUGACCAGAACCCCGUUUCCUCCCACUCCCCAAGCCCUUUGGUUUCUUUUUUUUCCUUUUUUUUAAACUGUUGUAGAUUACAGAUGAGCCCCUAAAUAGGGUGUUUUCUGCUUUCAAAUAAAAGUCACUCCUACCUGA